AUGAUUCAUGAUGGUUAUUCUAAGUACUACGGGGGUGCCUUCAAAGUGUCGAUGAUGUCAAAAUGGAUGGUCGUAAUCACAGGCCCAGAUAUGAUCAAUGACAUUCGAAAAGCGUCUGACGAACAGCUCUCGUCCAGAGCAGCAAUUGCAGAGACCGCUCAGUCUGAUUACAUGAUUAGCCCCAGAAUCAGCACUGACCCCUACCACGUAGGCGUUGUUCGGACUCCGUUAACCAGACAUCUCGGAACCCGCUUCAAUGAUAUUAAAGAUGAGAUAGCAUCCAGCUUCUCUGACUUGGUACCCUGCAAAGGCGACGAAUGGGCCUCCAUACCUGUUUAUAAAACAAUUGUUAGCAUUGUUUGCAGAACAUCCAAUAGGGUAUUUGUGGGGCUCCCUCUUUGUCGAAAUCCUGAAUAUCGUGAGCUCAAUGAGCAAUUUACUUUGGAUGUCGUGGCCGGUGCACAAUUUAUCAAUAUGUUUCCCAAAAUCCUCAGACCUGUUAUAGGUAGACUUCGAACCAAAGCAUCUCGAAGGAUAGAAACUGCGAUUUCCCUUGCUGGACCUCUAUUUCAGGAGCAAUUGGAUAAAGAAACUCAGUACGGCAAAGAUCGUCCUGACAAACCAAAUAAUCUGAUUAGCUGGUUGAUCGAUGUGGCAGAAGGCGAACAACGGGAUAUACGAGAUUUGGUCAUUCGACUGCUCUCUGUCAAUUUCGGGGCUAUACACACAACGUCCAUGGCUUUCACCCAUAUUCUUUACGACCUAGCCACCUACCCAGAAUAUGUUAAACCUUUGCGGGAGGAAAUAGAAUCCAUAAUAGCUACUGAAGGGUGGACAAAAGUGUCUACUGUGAAUAUGCAUAAGGUUGACAGCUUUAUUAAAGAAUCUCAACGUAUUGCUGCUAGCGGCCUGAUGAUGAGACGUGUAGCAAUGAAAGAUUUUACGUUUUCUAAUGGAAUCACCGUUCCUGCCGGGACACAUUUGGGCUUUGCAACCAGUGCUACACACAUGGAUGAGAGCAAGUAUGACAAUCCGUCAGAAUUCCAAGGAUUCCGGUUUGCGGAACUGAGAGAUAAGGAGGGCGAAAGCAAGCAACACCAAAUGAUAUCUCUCAGUUUGGAUUACGGGGUCUUUGGAAUAGGGAAGCACGCCUGUCCGGGCCGUUUCUUCGCGGUAAACGAACUCAAGACGAUGCUUGCGCAUGUUCUUUUGAAUUAUGAUGUCAAAUUGGUUAAGGAAAAGCAAAGGCCAGAGAAUUGGUGGAUGUCAGCAGGUUGUAUUCCCAAUAUGACCGCUGAGCUGAUGUUCAGGAGGCGUCAAGCCUGA